CUUCGCGGGUGUGAGCUGAGCGGCCUCGGCUCACCGCUUAGCGCCCCCCUCAGCCGCUGCCGCCGCCGCCGCCGCCUCCGCCUCCGCCCGCUGGCCAUGUCCUCCGGCCGCCGCCGCCGCCGCACGAGCGCGGGGCUCCCGCGGCCCAGCGCGCAGUGAGAGCGGGGCCCUCUUGCCGUUCGCCCGCCCCGGGGCCCCCUUGUUCUCAGCGCCGCCGCCGCCGCCAUGUUGGGUUCAGAGCCGCAGCGGAGCCGCCGCCGCCGCCGCCGGUGAGGGAGGCCGAGAGCGGAGCCCGCCCCGCCCCGGGGCCCAGGGAGCGGGGCCGCCUCGGAGCCCGGCCUCUCCCCGCCAGCCGCCUUCCCGGCCCGCCCGCCCGCCCGCGGUGUGAGCGAGCGAGCGAGCGCCGGGCCGCGCCUUCCGUUCCCGGCCUGAGCGAGCCCGCCGUCCGUUCGUUCCCCCGCCGCCGGGCCCGGUCAUAUCCUGCAGCGGAGCCCUCCAGAGUCAGCGCCAUGGCGGAGCAGACCUACUCGUGGGCCUAUUCCCUGGUGGAUUCCAGUCAAGUGUCUACAUUUCUGAUUUCCAUUCUACUUAUAGUCUAUGGUAGUUUCAGGUCCCUUAAUAUGGACUUUGAAAAUCAAGAUAAGGAGAAAGACAGUAACAGUUCUUCUGGGUCUUUCAAUGGCAACAGCACCAAUAAUAGUAUCCAAACUAUUGACUCUACCCAGGCCCUGUUCCUUCCAAUUGGAGCAUCUGUCUCUCUCCUAGUAAUGUUCUUCUUCUUUGACUCAGUUCAAGUAGUUUUUACAAUAUGUACAGCAGUUCUUGCAACGAUAGCUUUUGCUUUUCUUCUUCUCCCGAUGUGCCAGUAUUUAACAAGACCCUGUUCACCUCAGAACAAGAUUUCCUUUGGUUGUUGUGGGCGUUUCACUGCUGCUGAAUUACUAUCAUUCUCUCUGUCUGUCAUGCUCGUCCUCAUCUGGGUUCUCACUGGCCAUUGGCUUCUCAUGGAUGCCCUGGCCAUGGGUCUCUGUGUCGCUAUGAUCGCCUUCGUCCGCCUGCCCAGCCUCAAGGUCUCCUGCCUGCUUCUCUCAGGGCUUUUAAUCUACGAUGUCUUUUGGGUGUUUUUCUCUGCCUACAUCUUUAAUAGCAACGUCAUGGUGAAGGUGGCCACACAGCCGGCUGACAAUCCCCUUGACGUUCUAUCCCGGAAGCUCCACCUGGGGCCCAAUGUUGGGCGCGAUGUUCCUCGCCUGUCUCUGCCUGGAAAACUGGUCUUCCCCAGCUCCACUGGCAGUCACUUCUCUAUGUUGGGCAUUGGAGACAUCGUGAUGCCUGGACUCCUGUUGUGCUUUGUCCUUCGUUACGACAACUACAAAAAGCAAGCCAACGGUGACUCCUGCAGUGCCUCUGGACCCGCCAACAUCUCCGGACGCAUGCAGAAGGUUUCCUACUUUCACUGCACCCUCAUUGGAUACUUCGUAGGUCUACUCACUGCUACUGUGGCGUCUCGAAUUCACCGAGCAGCCCAGCCUGCCCUUCUCUAUUUGGUGCCAUUUACCUUAUUGCCACUCCUCACGAUGGCCUAUUUAAAGGGUGACCUACGGCGGAUGUGGUCUGAGCCAUUCCACUCCAAGUCCAGCAGCUCCCGAUUCCUGGAAGUAUGAUGGAUCACAGAGAGCGACCAGAAUGGCCUCUCAGUCUUUUUCUGUCCACGUGUGGUUUUGUUUCCUCUUAGAGCUGGCCUGGUACUUGGAGAUCUACCUGUCUAAGGACUGCCAUGUGACCGGAUUAUGCAUUUGCAGGAGCGAGGUGCUGGAGCCUGCGUGGUUCCUUCUCUUCCUGCCGUUGGAGAGGUGGAGCCCCUCCUGAAGUGACAGGCCUUCCCCAGCACUCCUCCCUCCCCCGUUUUUAUGGAUCUGCACCAGACUGUUAACCUUUGGGGGACGGAGAUGUGACUGUUUAAACUGACAAGGGCAAGGAGUUGUUCUAUACCUUUGAACACUAAAAGGAUGAAAAACAUUAGCGAACUGGUUUCCUCAGUGAACCCUCAAGAACUUUUGGGACCAGUUUCCUAUGGGGGACUCAGUUUCAGAGAACUGAGACAGAAACUCUUCUGUCAUUAUAUUCUUCUUUCCGUUUUUUGGAUUUAUUAAAUAUUUUCUGUGGUGUGAAGUGACUUAUUAAAUCCACAGACACUGAGUGACUUCUUACAACAUACACAUAAGAAUUUGUUGUAAUGAGUUCACGUCCACCCAGAUGUUGUGUUGGCAGUGAACGAGGGCACGGUUUUUAUACAUACAUACACACACAUGCACAUGGAUAUAUAUGAAUAAACAAAAAUUAAAACCUGCUAAGAUCAUGCUGUAUAGCAGACAGGGGCUUGCUGUAAUUUUUAGCAUGUAGAGCAGUUCACUCUGGCUUCCUUGUAUGUGGAUAAGCGGCUGUCUUUCCCUCCACAACUGAACGUGCAGUUAAAAAACAGUAUAGUAUUUGUACUGAUAUACUCAUGGACUUUAGGGGAUGCUCAUUUGGUUUUUGAUCAGUGUAGCAAAUUAGGGAUGAAAAGUUAAAACUUUUUGGCCCUUUUUUCAUUUUUACAGGCUUCUCCCUUGCAGGGUUUUUGAUAGUUUCUUCUUGAACCAGUGCAUGUAUUAUAGCAGCAGGUGUCUUUGUGCUUUCUGAUCAUAGUAAUGUACUACUUGUAAAUACAUUUUUCUAUUUUCUAUUUUUUUGUAUUUUUUUUUUUUGGCAUUUUGUUUCAUUGGUGUGCUGUAUUUUCCAUGCCCUCACUCCUUUAAGAAAAAAAAAGGAAAAAAGCAACACGAUCCUGUCCUUGCUGUUGUGAUUAUAGUCUUGGUUUACCUGUUGUGACAACUGGGUUUUGGGGACAAAUGUCAAACACCCCCGGAGAUGGGCCCUACGUUCCAGGAAUUGUGGCAAGAAUGAGCUGCUGUGACCCUUAAAUCUGCCCGUGUGCUGUGGCCUUGGCUGGAGACCCAGUGUCCCAGCAGUGACUAGUGGGAGUGGUGUCCACAGCCUGAGGGGGAAUUGCCCGUUGUUUGGAGGCAGAGAGAAGCCGGGGAUUGGCCUGCCCACCUGAGAGCAGGGGUUGGAGAAGGGCCCAUGUUUCCUGGGCUCUCCCUUAAGCAGGUGACCUGUGUAUAAACUGGGGCGCUGUGGGCCCCAUGGCUGGAGGUCGCGGUGGGUGGCACUCACAGGUGGUGCACGUGGCAGUAAGGAUGGUGUGCUCCUCCGUCAUGUCUUCAGAUCCUGCUGAAGGCUGUAUGUUUUUUGUUGUUUUGUUGGUUUUUUUUUUUUUUUAAAUAAAUGACUCCUUUCUAGCC